AUGGGGGACUACUAUGGCAGCGACGACUAUGACUACUAUGGCCGACCACGACGAAGACCCUCGCCACAUCACAUGCGAAGCGAUGCUGGAGGGUUCCUGGCUCCAGGUGCCUCUGGACUGUACCGAAGCAGAUCGCAAGGCGCGAGUCAAGCGCCGACCAUCAACGUCUACAACCGCAAUUUCCAGGAUCAGGAAGGAUCACCUUAUCCACCUUACCCAGCCUACCCUCCCUAUCCAGCUGCUGCUCCAGCUUCGCGCCGGGCAUCGCCUCGAUCCUCCCCUGAUGGUCGGUCGCGCGGACGCAGCAGAUUAGGUGAUAAGCUUGGCGACGACUUUGUGGGCGAGCUUGCAGAAAUGGCUUUGGAGCACAGAUACAGGUCUCGCUCACGGGGUCGUUCUGAUGCGUCAUCAUUCGAUCGCCCACCAGUUCAUCCAGCCGGACUUGCAGAAUGGCAGCUCGCGCAAAAAGAAGCCGAACUGAAAGAGGCAUCGCGUGAGCGGGCAUGGAAGCUGGAACAAGAGCGCAUCAAGAACAAGUGGAAGGUUGAGCACAUGGAGGAGGAAGUCCGGAAGGAGCGUGAAGAGGACGAGCGAAAGAGGAACGAGAAGCGCGCUGUAGAGGACUACGAGCGCAAGACCCGCGAAGCCGCCGAAAAGCGCGAAGCAGACGAGAAACGCUGGAAGGAUGAGAUCGAACGCAAAGCUCGCGAAGCCAAGGACAAGCAAGCCGCUGAAGAGCAACGAAUCAAAGACAAGCUCGAGCGAGACGCCAAAGAGAAGAAGGAGAAGGACGCAGCAGCAUACAAGGCCUUUAAAGAAAAGGAGCGCCUCGAGAAAGAAGCAAAAGAGCGCGAAUACAACGACUUCCUCCGCGAACAAAAGGAACGCGCAGACAAGGAGAAACGCGGAAAGCAAGAAGCCGAAGAGAAAUUCCAAAACGAAAUGCGCAAACGUCUCGCCAGCCUGGGCUACACCGAACGAACCAUCGAGAUCAUGGUCGAUCAAGAGAAAGCCAAGCAGUUCAAACAAAAAGUCGAAGCCUCACCCCGCGGUGGUAGUCACGACCGCAGAACCACCACAACCACCACCACAACCUCCCUCGACCUCUUCCAGUCGCCCCGCGCCCCCGUCUACCCCAAGGUCCACCGCGACUACCUCGCCGUCGAAACGUUGAAAUACUACGAUCUUCCGUGGGAGUACGAUCGCCAUAAUCCGGAUUACAUUAUCAUCCUGAGAGAUAUGGAUAAGAGGGAAACUGACCUUUUGUUUGAGCAUACGAGUCGGCUGAGGACGGGCAAGUUGUUGUUGGAGCCGGCGAAGCCGAGGGAGAAGCAGUUUGCGCUUUAUAGGAGGCGGAGUAAGAGUCGGAGUGGGAGGCCGAAGGAGGUGGGGGUUAUUAGGUUGGGUUGA